AGCAAACCUGUAAGGGGAAAAAAAAAAAUCCCAACUCAGCAACAAAAGCAAACACCACACUAAAGAAUAGCAUCAGAUCUCUGGUCAGCAACCCUUGGAGACUGAGCAAUACACCGCUGGGGGAACAAUGAGUCAUUGAAGAAAUCAAGGAGAAAAUUUUAAAUUCCCACUGCCUGGGCGGAGGAUAUGGCUCAGUGAGUAAAGUGGUGGCUGUGCAAGCACAGGGACCUGAGUUCGAAUCCCCAACACCCAGGUAAAAGCUGAGCACGGCAACUUCACCUGUAACCCCAGCAGUGGCAGAGGUGUGCAGGGACAGGUGAGGCCUGUUGGCCACCCAGUUUAUCUGAAAUACCGGGCUCCAUGUUCAGUGAGAGACCCCGUCUCAAAAAAUGAGAUGGAGAGCAACCGAAGACACCUGGCCAAAGUGUUGAGGUGACCACAGCAACCCUAGCGAGGUCUGGCUGGGAGCCAUCACACACCACACGUCAUCAGUGGGAGCUGGAGUGGGAGCACAGAAGAGUGAACUUCGACCGUGAGGGGUCGCUAGGAUACGCAGCCAGACGCAGAGGGGGCCCUUGGGAUCAGCCUGGAGGCCCAGAGCCCAGCCGGCCAGCAGAGAGCAGCCAGGUGGAGCGGAACCAGCCUGUGAGGUGAGGUCGCGCUCCGAGGCCAACAUGCCCAGGACCAGACAGGGCAGCCGUCGAGGGUCGUCGUCGUCGUCGUCUCGCCGCUCCCGCACCUCCAGAGCCGAGCUGACCUUCUCUGUGAGCCUGGUGGAACACCAUCUUCGGGAGAGCGGCCAUGCCCGGCGGCUGAGCGAAACGGUGCCCAUCUUGCUGACCGCCAUCCUGGAGUUCCUGACCCGCAGGCUGCUGGAGCUGGCAGGCAAUGAGGCCCAACGCCGAGGCGCACAGAGGCUCAUCACCCCGGAGCUGCUGGACGUGACUGUCUACAAUAACACGCAGCUCAGCCAACUGUUCCAGUUCGCCACCAUCUCCCAGGUGGCCCCGGCUGGUGGCCCUCCUCGUGGGCGUCGACGUCGACGCUAGCUACUACCUGCUGCUGUUGCUGCUGCUGGCUGGCUCCGGGUUGCUGACCUGCCCACCCGCCCCAGUCCAUCCACCGAGCAUCGGUUCAUCCCGGUUCAUCCCGCCCAAACUUUCCCACAGACAGCCCGGCGAGGCUGGUCAGCCUCGUCCCUUCCUUCUCCCUGUUGUGCUCUUAUUAAAGCUUUGGUUCGAGAAGCCCA